AUGAGAACUUCUCCUCCUGCAUCCAGCCUGACGGCGACACAACGUGCUUUAAACACUAGCGAGGUACUCGAGGCCAUCUUGUAUCAGGUCAAAGACCGAGAUGAGCUUCUACAAUUAGUGUCAUUCUCCAAGACGGCGAGGAACGUGAUAUACGGAGCAAGCAGCGCCAGCCACGGGCUCUCGCUAUCGAAGUCUCGUCGUGCACCGCUUGUGUGGGAGGUCGACUUCAAGAACAGCACCAUCGUCAAUCUGACUGCCGAUCACGCCCAACAAGCUUCCGGUCUCAAGAUUCUCAAGCCAGUCGUGCUGACCGACUUCCUCCUCUUUGAUCGCUACUACGCAAAGCUGAGUUUGGUCGAGCGCCUGGACACCGAUACGCGCGUUGUAGGCUGGAAGAUUCGCUUAGCCUUUCUGCAGCAUGCCCUUCAGACUCGACCUGAUUUCACCAUCUUCCGCAUGUUCCUUAGCAAUCCGCCAGUUGAGGCAGUGGAGCUGGCCUGGAUACCACCUCACCCAAAUGUGGGGUAUGGUAGCAGCGGUAUUACUCAGCUGUUCAUCGCUGGAGGCGUCUGUCUUCGAGACGUGAUCAAUCAGAUACCUGUUAUGCAAAGCCAAUGGGUUGAGAGUAGGAGAGCUCACUAUUGCAGGCCGCCUCUUCGUCUCAUCCGAGCACAGACCGGGUCAGCGUCCUUGCAAGAUCUUUCGCUUCCCAUUCGAAUGGACUCCUCCAAGCACGAGGUACCGCGCGGAUUAGCAUUGCAGGAUUUCGAUGGCAAUUGGGGAAAAACGCGAACACAGCAACCCCAACCCCUGAAUUCCCACCUCUUCGCCCGUCAACACGGAACGUUCGACUUCACCGCUUUCGAAGGUGCGAUAUGUCGUCUGACCACAGUAUACCUUACCAGUAAUGCCUUCCUCUACGGCACUCAAGUCGCCCCACCGCCCGACCAGAAUCAAGCACUGACCGAGAUCCCCAGCAAAUGCGGCUUGGAGAGAAUCCAGGUAUACGAGUCGACAACGAUGACGGAGGCAUACUUUGUAUUCCCGAAGAAGUUGCAGAAGGCCGCGUCCGAUCUCACGUUGGUGUUUCUGCCAUGCGUUGGCUUGCUAACGGAGUUGGAACGUGAUGCUGUUGAGGAAGGUAUCUCUAUUGGUGGCGUUGAAGAGCGAUUGAACUGGUAA